UUCACAGUCGCGCUCCUAUCCCUGGCCGCCUCCGCCCUCCCCCUUGCACUCGGAGUGAAGGUCUCCUACGACCCGGUCUACGAUAACGCCGACCAGUCCCUCGACACCGUCGCAUGUUCCGACGGCCCUAACGGCCUCGAGACUCUGCACUACACCACCUUCGGCUCCCUCCCCGGUUUCCCUUACAUCGGCGGGACGGAUAAGGUCGAAGGGUGGAACUCGGCGCAGUGCGGGACGUGCUGGCAGCUGCAGUACAACGGGAAAUACAUGAACAUCGUCGCGGUCGACCAUGCCGAUGAAGGGUUCAACAUCUCGGAGGAGGCCAUGAACGAGUUGACGGGCGGGCAGGCGGAGCAGCUCGGAGAGGUGGAUGUGACCGUCACCCAGGUCGACAAGGCCUUCUGCUGGUUG